AUGAAGCAAUCCAAGUGGUUACAGAUACCUACCGAGCCCGAGGGCAAGGUUCCCGGUAUCUACGUAAUUGGGCUUAAACGCUCACUGAAGGGCGGCAAAUUUCUCAACGUCAUUGAGACCGAGAGACUGAUCGAUGGUCUUCGGCGGUAUGUAAAGGGGGCUCGCCUGUGCAGAACGAAUCAAUCACAAGACGCUUUAGACUCGGCGGAUAAAGAGCUUGUGAAGUGGGUGUCAACCGUGGAUUGGCAAGGGGGCUACAAUCUCAGACCAGAUUCAAUGCCCUCUCCGCAAUCCAUCCAGAGCGAUGGGGAGUUCUCAAAGAUAGAAGGGUUGAUCUCUUCGUUUGAACUACGCUGCGAUCGGCAAUUGGAUCCCACGGGAAAGGUUUGCCAAGUUCAAAGUCCACUAUAUGUUGGAUGCUCAAUAGACUUGCGCGAGAGGACAAGCAAGUACGAGCUACACUCGCGAGGUGGUCUUUUGAGUGUCAAUAAGCCCCUAUGCCUUGUUGUCAACAUUCUCUCGGCACUGGAACAUCCUGUGGAGCUAAGUGUAUAA